AUGAGGCACCUAUGGUCAAGCCGCUACUAUUUACCAGCUCUGUUCAUCCUCUUAGGCGCUGUCGCAUUUCCAGCCUGGCGCUACUAUGAGAGCCUCGGCCAGGCGCAUAUACCUGACCCGCUUUCCUUCUAUACCUCUCCCUUCUCCGCCACCUCCAAUGCCUCCCGACGGGCUUAUGCCACAGCCCUGUACCCCACCUCUUCCUAUCUUCCCGGGGCGCUUCUCCUCGGCUGGUCGCUCCAUCAGCAUGCGAUGCUUGCCGCAGACGUUGCGCAACACAUGGAACUCCUCUAUACCCCUGGAACUCUCGACGAGCGGGAGAAGACAUGGCUUGGGGAGGUAGGAUGGGACAUGAGAGAGGUAGAGUUGAUCAAGCCGCCAGAAAGUCGCAAACCAGCAAAAAACUUCCAGGAGCAGUAUACCAAGCUGAGGCUGUUCGAGAUGGAAGAAUUCGACCAAAUAUUCUACCUCGAUGCUGAUAUGCUCGUCGUCCGCCCCUUUCCCGAAAUCUGGUCCUUUCCCGUUCCCCUCGCCGCAGCGCGAGACGUACGAAAAGGCUUCGGCUGGUUGCCGACCAUCAACGCGGGCACGUUGCUCUUGAAGCCCAAUAGGAAGCUGGUGGAGCAUAUGAUGGAGAUCGCACCAACGUUGCGAUAUAAUGCUGUUUUCGCGGAGCAGGGUCUCCUGCAGGCUUACUGGGCACAAGCGAUUACCCACCUGCCGUACGUCUACAAUGGCCAACUGGGCAUCAAGCGCGUCUUCCCGAAGAUCUGGCAAACCGUGUUCCAGAACGACGUCAAGAUCAUCCACUACACCGGCUUGAAGCCCUGGCAGUGGCACGAGGAACCGGAUAUGCCAGUGGAGAGGUGUGUCUGGUGGGAGAUGUGGGAGAAGAUGCUCGACUGGCGCCGGGAGAACGGGCUGAGUGAUUUGAGUGAUAUGGCGAGUAAACCAGCUUAA